AUGUCUCUCGUUUUCUGCAGAGAGGGCAGGAAGGCCAUGAGGCGCACCAAAGAGACCCAGACAAGGCCGAUGCGCGACAAGAAGUCUGACAGCAGGCCGGGGACCGGCACUGGAGGCAAAAAGAGGCCCCCCAAAAAGACCAAGGGAUCUAAGACCGAGAUUCUUCCGCUAGAUUUGCGUAACAGCAUCGGGAUGGCCUCCGCCCCGAAAAAGAUACCCACCCUGGGGUACAUGCUCCGCACGGUGUUAGACAUGAUGCUUGUGUGGAGUCGAUCGCUAGACACGGCGGAAUCGUUGUGCCAGAAGCCGGGAGGAAUGACCGAGAUCGCCAUCAAGCACUUCCAGGUGUUCCCCAAUACAUCAGAUAUCGAAACUACCCCGCGAUCAACCAGGUGGUAUAUGCGCACAACAUGUGCUGUUUACUGCACCAAUUUCAAAGAGCAUGGAAUAGGUGCCGCGCCUAUCGACCGGUCUUCUCGUUCACGCCGGUGCGUUCUUGACUUCCUGUGUUUUCAGCUCCUUCACGGCAUGGAGAAUACAACGAACUUGAUGCUGGCGCAGUUCGCGGCCGGUCUGGUUCACUUCGCGGACUACAAACGAUGCAAGGUCUUGGGAGAUUUACUCGGAGUGGACGACCCUACCACCGGACCCCCUUUCGAUCACCGAUCGGCCUUGUUCCUCUACCGGUUCCUGGCAGAGCUAAGAACGGUCGGCGUUUUCAGCGAAGACAUCCUUCGGGAAAGGAUUACCAAGAUUAAUCUCAACAAAAACGCCGUGAGUGACGACCCAGAGCAGCACCAGAAAAAAUCUGUCGACCCAUGCUUCCCGAUUUGUGCAUGA